AAAAGGAGGCUGUAAUCAUGGAGGCUUGUGUCCCCUUUGACAGGUGAUAGUGUGACAGCCUCUUACGUUGAAUGCAAACUAGACAUACUGCUAUAUCGCAUACAAGAAAGACACAAUAACUGUGAUAGUUUACAUUAUUAAAAUUCAAGACUUCUCACUGUCAAUCUCAUUAAAAGGACGGAAGUCAUCCGAAAUUGUUGACAUUUUUUAGCUCGACGGGAGCUUGUCGGACAAGUUUCUAUUAAUCAUUGGACAUCUAUAACAAACUUUAAUCAAACGAUGUAUGAAAAUAUAUAACGAAUCUCUAAUUAGUGUUAAACAUUGAUAUUGUGCGUAAACGAAAUGCUUGUUUAUCAACAUAAAUCAUCGUAAACUUAGUGUAAACAUUUACUUCCGGUCAUUUUUAAAUUGACAUCAGUUACCGCUGAAGAAUGGCUACACUUGACCCGGAAUAUAAGAUAAGACUAAGUAAAGUGGAGGAGAGGCUGAGAAAUCCAAACUCAGAGUUGAAUAUUAACAGCUUAUUGGAUGGCUUGGCAGCACUUGUGGCAGAUCUGGACUAUCCAGCAAUUAGAAGAAACAAAUGUGCAGAUCAGUUCUUACAUAGGUAUAACAAGCCUGUAGAAUUUGUGAACAGUUGUCGUAUGCAACAUAAAGACUUUGAAGUUGUAAAAGUAAUUGGUAGAGGAGCCUUUGGAGAAGUCCAACUGGUACGACAUAGAUCAACAAGAAAAGUAUAUGCCUUAAAGUUGCUGAGUAAAUUUGAAAUGAUUAAGAGGUCUGAUUCUGCGUUUUUCUGGGAGGAAAGAGAAAUAAUGGCCAAUGCUAACAGUAAAUGGAUAGUACAGCUACAUUAUGCUUUCCAAGAUUCCAAGUAUUUAUAUAUGGUGAUGGACUAUAUGCCUGGUGGAGACUUGGUCAAUCUUAUGAGUAAUUACGACGUCCCUGAGAAAUGGGCCAAAUUCUACUGUGCUGAAGUAGUACUGGCUUUAGAUGCUAUACAUUCUAUGGGAUUUGUACAUAGGGAUGUUAAACCAGACAACAUGUUAAUUGAUCAAGCUGGACAUUUAAAGUUAGCUGAUUUUGGUACUUGUAUGAGAAUGGAUAAGGAUGGAAUGGUGAGGGCUGAUACUGCUGUAGGAACUCCAGAUUAUAUAUCUCCUGAAGUUCUCCAAUCACAAGGCAGACCAGGGCACUAUGGCAGAGAAUGUGAUUGGUGGUCUGUUGGAGUCUUCCUGUAUGAAAUGUUGGUUGGUGAUACUCCAUUUUAUGCAGAAUCGUUAGUAGGAACAUACAGUAAAAUUAUGGACCAUAAAAACUCACUUACUUUCCCAUCAGAAAUAGAAAUGAGUCAUGAUGCAAAAGAUUUAAUUUGUGCUUUCUUAAUGGAUAGAACUGAAAGACUGGGAAGAAAUGGAGUAGAAGAAAUAAAAGCCCAUAGAUUUUUCAAAAAUGAUCAGUGGAACUGGCAAAGUAUACGAGAUGCUGUACCACCAGUCGUACCAGAACUUAGUAGUGAUAUAGAUACUAGUAACUUUGAAGACAUAGAUAAAGAUGACGGACCAGAGGGUUCAUUUGAAAUACCCAAAGCUUUUGCUGGAAAUCACCUACCUUUUAUAGGAUUUACUUAUAAUAGAGAUUACCAAUUUUCAAUGGACAGUUCAGGUGGCGGUGGAAAGUCCACCAUGGAUUCAAUGUCUUCUGGGAAUGAUGAAGACAAAAGAAAGUUAGAGGAUCAGAUAAGGUCAUUGAAAUCUGGGAAAGAAGAAAUUGAAAGAAAAUACAUGCAGGCAGUUCAGAGUUUAGAUAGGCUGAAUUCAGAGGAGGGAAAAAUAAGACUAGAAAGAAGUGAACUUGAAAGAAAAGUAGCUCUUAUUCAACAUGACCUUAAAGAGACACAAAGAAAAUUGGACAAUGAAUUUGAGAAUAAAAGAAAACUGGAAAUGAUGAUAAGGGAGAAAGAAAAAUUACUAGACAGUGAGAUGAGUGCAAGGAAAGAACUAUCCAGUAAUAAAAUGCACAAUCAUGAAAAAGUAGCCUCUCUAGAGAAAUCGAUUGCUGACCUGAAUGAGAAGUUACAGUUGGAAUCAGAAAUGACGGCUAGAUUUAAAAAAUCCUAUUCAGAAUUACAACAGAGAUAUAAUUUAUCAGAAAAAAAUUACAGCGAUCUGAAUUACAAGUACAGUGAAAUUCAAAAUAUUAAACUGUCUUUGGAGAAAGAGGUGAUGACAUUACAAGAUAGCUUGGCCCAUGAAAUGAGCAAUAGAAGCCAUGCAUCAGAAGAAACAUUUGAACUUCAAGAAAAAGUAAGAAAGUUACAAACGGAAAAACAAAAAGUAGAAGAAAAAGAAAGAAUUACGAAUAAAGAAAUCCAGCGACUACAGGAUAGUAUAGUUAAAUUAGAAAAGAGUAAAAAUAAUAUGGAAUUAGAAUUGGACACAUAUAAAAAGAGGUUUACUGAUGAAAAGAAUGCUCAUCAAACAACAAUAGAUCGAUUUAAUGCUGAUAAGAAAACCAUCAAAGAAACCACGGAAACUACAACAUUGAGUGCUAUUAAAGAUAUUCAGAUAAAGUUGGAACAGGAGAAAACUGCACGACAAUCAGCUGAGACAAGAUUGUUGGAAGUAGAAAAAUAUAAAGCUGACUUGUCUGUAGAUAUCAAACAGUGUGAACAACAACUCUCUACGCUACAGAAUGAAUAUAGAAAUGAGAGGGACAAGUCAAAAAAUCUAUCAUUACAAGUUGAGCAAGAAAUACAGAGAAGAAAUUUAAUGCAGUCUGACUUUAAAGCACAGGCUGUGGAAUUAGCUCGAUAUAAAACAAUAGAAAAACAGCUUAAUAAGGAAAUAUCUGACUUGAAAGAAGCGUCAAGAAGUUCAGAUUUAGAAAUCAGAAAGUUAAGAGAGGACCUUUCAGUUAAUGAAUUACAAAUGAAAGAACUACAGGACCAGUUAGAGGCUGAACAGUAUUUCUCAUCAUUAUACAGAACACAAGUAAAAGAAUUAAAGGAUGAUGUAGAAGAGAAAAAUAAAAGUUAUGAAGAUAUACAAACAGAUCUGAUAGCAUUAGAGGAGGAAAAGGACUCACUCGUCCAGCAGUUACAGCUAGCUCUUGCCAAAGCUGAAUCAGAACAUAUAGCCUUAACAAUAGCCGAAGAACAACUAGCAGAUGUAGAGAAAGAAAAAACUGUGUUACGAUUAGAAAUCAAAGAAUUAGUAUCUCGACAUAAAAAUGAACUGAACAAGAAAGAAAAUAUGAUAGCUGCAUCUGAAGAUAACUGCAGAGAAUAUUCAAAGAAAGUUGAACAGAUACAGAUGGAGAAAGAUGAUAUCGUAAACAGAAUGAAAAGUUUGCAGGAUGAUUACCAGAAUAUGCAACAGAAAAGUGUGCCGGAUAAUGAACUUGAUAAAAUAAAGAAAAGUCUAGAAGAAGAAAGAAUGAAAAAGAUUCAGGCUGUAAAUAAGUUAGCAGAAAUAAUGAAUAGGAAAGAAUUCAGAACCCAGGGUAAAAAUGCUAAAAAUGCUAACUCUGACCAGAGUGUGAAGAAAAAAGACCGAGAACUGAGGAAACUACAGCAAGAGUUAUUAAUGGAAAAAGAAAAAUAUAAUAAAAUGGUAGAAAAACAUGGGCGAGAUUUGUCUGAAACCCAAGCAGCUUUAUAUGAUGAAGGACAACAAAAAGCUCAUUUACAGAUGGAAUUAGAUUCUAAAGAUAGUGAAAUAGAACAGCUAAGACAGAAACUUGCCUAUGGUAAUAUUGAUUCCACUUCAAUGAACAGUUUAACAAUGGAAGAUGGAGGAGAUGGGUCUGAUGUGAUAUUAGAGGGUUGGUUAGCAGUACCUAAUAAAUCUAAUAUUAAGAAAUAUGGUUGGAAAAAACAAUUUGUGGUAGUUAGCAGUCGGAAAGUGCUGUUUUAUAAUACAGAAAAUGAUAAACAGAAUUCUGAUCCAGUCUUAGUAUUAGAUAUAGAAAAAUUAUUCCAUGUGCGAUCAGUGACACAGGGUGAUGUAUAUAGGGCAGAAGCUAAGGAUGUACCAAGGAUCUUUCAGGUGUUGUAUGCAUCAGAAGGGGAAAACAGACGCCAGUCUGAAGUUCAUGAAAUUGCCCAACAAGACAAGUCUGCUGUGAUUAACUAUAAAGGCCAUGAGUUAAUUCCCUUACAUUAUAGAACUCCUACAACAUGUGAUGCUUGUAAUAAACCAGUGUGGCAUCUUGUUCAUCCACCUCAGGCUCUGGAAUGUAGACAUUGUCAUACAAAAGUACAUAAAGAUCAUUUUGAUAAAAACGAAGAGUUCAUCGGUUAUUGUAAAGUAAAUUAUGACCAAAAUAUACAAGCAAAGGAAAUGUUGCUGCUAGCUGAAAGUACAGAAAAACAAAAACAGUGGAUACAGCAUUUAAGUAAAAAGAUAACAAAGAAAGGCAUUGUUAGUUCAGGAAAUUUAAGCACUCUAAGAGGGACAAAGCAGUAUUCCUCGUUUGGACCACAAGGUCGUCAAGGUAGUGGUCCCAGAAAUGCAGUCACAUUACCUCCUAACUCACGUCCAGUGUGAUCACUGAGAUGGCAGUCAACCAAACAAUAUCUACACAAACAGUGGUGCCUCCUCAACCUCUACCUUCUUCCAUGGACAAAUCACCCAUCUUCCAAUAGUGCUUUGUGACAAAUGUGCUUUGUAUUUUCAGCAUUCGUAAUUUCCAUAUAAUAUUCUCUAUUUAUAAUUCCUUAGUGGUGCUUUUUAUACAUUAUAUUUUGGGUUAUUAGGUGAUAAAGUUUGGGACUAAUAUUAUUAAUGCAAUGCAAUCACUGUCUCCCAUGAAUUAUCUCCCUUUAUUAACUAGUCAUUGAUUGGUGUUCAUAAUGAUCUGUUCUAUUUUAUAGAAACAAAUGUCUCUGGUUAAAACUAUUGUAUUUUAAUUGAUUGGAAAGAAAACAUGCAAGAUUAUUCAGAUAUCUGUUAUUUACGGUGAACAAAAUUAGGGAAAUUUCUGUUAUCUUUCCAUAAAAAAGGGUAAUUUGUAUUAAAUGAUAGAAACCAUUAUUACUUAAUUGAAUCAAAACUUGAUGUUCAGCUUGUUACUGUAGUCAUAGCUUAGGAAAGCCAGUAUACACCAUGUUAUUGCCACAGAUAUCAUUUGUAUAUUUAAUAGACUUGCAUACUGUAUUACUUUUAUUAUUAAUUGUUGAAUGUAAUUUAUUAUGGGUUUCUUGGGGACACAAACCAUAUAUACUUUUAUUCACCAAUUAGUUAAGUGUUUUUUUAAGAAAUAGAUUUUAAAUGGUACUUAAAAUUACUAAAUGGUAAUAUUUUUUUCUAAUGAUUCUACAGUAUUUAAAAAGUCGGUUUGUUACAUAACUUUCCAUUAGAUGAUUUUAAGUCAUAUUAUUAUUGAUUUGUUAUUAAAGAAAUGUCCAUGUAUUGCAUAGUUAGUACAAGUUAUAGUGCAGUAGUACCUGGAGUGUAGAAAGUGCUAGUUUAGCAGAUCUGUUUCAUGAUGAAUGUUGAUCAGAAUCUCUUGUUAUUAAUGAUAUUUAUAUAAUAUGACCAAUGUAAGUGUUCAUAUGUUAACUUAUAUGAUGUAAAUCCAUUAUAUCAUUAUUUCAAUGAUGAAAACAUAAUUCAAUGAUAUCAGUUGGGGACUGUUCUGGUCAUAUCUGAACCAUAUAGUUACUCUUAAUUUUAGCUAGGAUAGAGAUCAAUUGCAUCAAUAUAUUGCAAUCAACAUAUAAAUAACUGCUUCAUAACUUGAUUAAAGCCAUGAAAAUAUUUGUUUUUAAACCACAAUGUUUACAUUACUAUUGAUGAUAUUUCAUAUAGAUGACUGAUGUACUGUUUCUGAUACUUUCUCAGAGUAAAAACCAUACAGAUUUAGGGUUAUAGACCUCUCUUAACCUAAAAAUCAAGUUAAAUUAAUUGAUGAAAUAGUGCUAUUUAGUUCUCAUUAAGUGCUUACCAUGAUACAAACCUACAGUAGUGCUAAUUGUUAUACUUUUUAUACUCUCAGAUAUUGUUGAAUUAUAUUGUUUGUCAUUGGAUUGUAAACUAUGUAAAUAGAUAUGUGUAUAUAUUGUACAUGUAUAUAUAGUGUGUACAUUUAGCAAUAUAAAUGGUGCUGAUUUGUUACAAUCAUGUAAGACAAAUGCUCAGUUAAGGUUGUAAUGAAAAGUGAUAGCGUAAACACCUUCAUUUUAUUCUCAUCUUAUUGCUUGGCUUUUCGCAUAAAUAAAUUAUGAUACAAAAAAUAAUUUGAUAAUGACUUACAAUUACGAUUAUGUUCAACACCACUAAUGGGAGAAAUAAUUUGAUCACUUGCACAAAAAACGGUAAUAUACAAAACAUCUUAUACCUAAAGGACAGAACUUUUUCAUAUAUUUAUCUUUGUAGCAAUGCUAGUUCUAAGAAGAAAGAAAACAAGUUUUAUAAGGAUAUGUAGCUCAGUCAAAUAUAUCAUAGGUAGAAAUUUUCUGAUUAUAUUUGCUAUUAUUUAAUCAUGAAAAGGGGCAUUAGAACAAUUAUUUAAAGUUAUGUUAUGGUAGGUUUCAGUUUUUAGAGAAAAUUUCACACUCAGGACGGGUCUGUUUCUCCCUUAAAUACUUUAGUAGUAUUACAAUGGUUUUAGUACCAGUUUAAAAUUUGGCAAUAUAUGAAAUACUGAGAUUUUACAGGUUACUAAAUUAGUUUCAUUAAACCAAAUUUACCUCUUAUGUUUCUUUGUUAAGUGUUAUUUUUGGCAUGUUUGUUUUUGUCUUAGAGGUAUACUUUAUUUAGUUGAAAUUCCAUUUUAUUCUUAACCACCACUUGGAAAUAAUGUGUGUAUGUAAUUGGAUAGAAUGAAGUUCUGUUCAAUUCUUCACUUGGGUUGGUCUUAUUAACUGAAAGAAAGAAAUGUCACUGUUGUAACUGUUAAUCUUCUAGUUAUGACUUUGCAGUUGGAUCAUUUUUGUCAUUUCAUCUUUUGUAUACCAAACUUUCAUUUUAUGCUAUUAAACCAAAUUGAUCAAUCAAUACAAUAUGUUAUCAGACUUAUACUGGAAUCCUUUAGAAAGUUAGAUAUUUAAAUUGUGCACAUAAAUAAUUUUCACUAAAACAUUCUAUAGUCACACUUUGUAGAUAUUGCAGCAUAUCCAAUUUUCAGGAAUUCCAAAUAAUACAUGCAAGCUUUUUAAUUAAUUUUUUUUAUUAUGUAUUCAAAUGCAAAAUUGCAAAGCAAACUAGCCACAUACAUAGAAUUUAACAGAGGUAUAGGAGUUUGUGCAUCUUCAAUCAUGAUAACUUCAUACACUUAUGUUACUUGUGACUAACAUAUCAUCAACUGUAACAAUUCUCUUACCUUAGUAUUAUGUUUAACUUUGCUCAUUGUCAUCACUUCAAGGUCAUUCCAGUAAACACUUGCUUACAAAGUCAUCGCCAUGGAGACCAAACUGCUGCUGAUUUCUCAUUGUUUUAUGUACAUUAUCAAACUGUUAUUUGUGAAACUGUUGAACCUGCUUUAAUAUUUUGUUUAAGUUGGAAAUGAAAUUGCUUAUUAUUUCACCAAUAAAAAAAAUCAAAGUAGUGAAUAUAAACAUAAUACUAUAUAUGUAUGUAUAAUAGGUGUUGCGAAUUUAGAUUUAAAAGACAAGUACAUUUAUUAUAAUUGAAUAUUUUGAGUUAGUUAUCCCAGUAUCAGCAUUAUGAUCAUGGGGAAAAUGAGCGUUUUGAUUAAAAUUUGACACGGUGAUUUCAUUUUCAGUGAAGACAACUACCCAGUACAUUGAACAUUCCUGUUAGUACCAAGUGCUACCAUUGUGCUAUGCAUGCUGUAUGAUUAUUCCUUGUAUAUACUGAUGUACAUAUUUAUGUAAGCUUAAUGGCUUCUAAUUGCAUCAACCAUAUUUUUUAUACUUGUGACACACAUUGUAUAUUCUGACAAACAUGUUUUGCAUAUCACAUGCAACAUCAAUAAAAUUUAAUGCUAAUGAUA